AUGGCCACGCGGCUUUGCCUGCUGGUUGAGACCACCACGCGGCACAAGGAUCAGUGGCGGGACAUUCGCAUCAACAUCGUGGAGCCCAUCCUGCGUGCCUUGGACGCCUCCCCCACCUCCGAGCUGGCCCUGGUCCUCGUGGGCGUGCCAGGGAUGAGCGUCAAUGAGGUCCUGUCCAGCCAGUGGACCCGGGACACCCAGGAGCUCCGGCGCUGGUUGGAUGGCAUCGACUUCUGCGGCGGCGGCAAUGGCAAAGGCCUGGCACUCGCCCCGGCCCUCCUCGCCGUGGCCUGCCUUUUUGGCGUGCCCAGCACCCUGCCCUCCCCCGCCAACCACUGCCUGAUGUGUCUCAUCUCGGAACCUGGGCCGCACCCCGUCGAAUGGCCAUACCCCCAGGACUGCGGCAAGGUGACAGGAUGUCAGCACCUUGCCACGGCCUCUGAGCUGUGUUGCGCUUUUCAGAGGCACCGCUUCCACCUGGCCAUGGCCACACGGCGUGAGAAGCCCCUCAUCCGGCACGCCCUCCUCUGGCACCUCCUCAACAUGAUCUCCGACGCUCCGCUGGACUGGAUAGACAGCACCACUGCGCUCAUGGAGGCAGCCAAGGCCCGCUCCGCGCUGGCCAAGUCCCACGUCGUCACGCGCGGCAACAGCCUCGCUUUCUUCCCCUUCUGGGAGAGCGCGCUGCGCCUGCUGCAGAAGCAGAGCGGGCUGAUCAACGGCCCAAGCGAGACGCUGUCUGCGCUGUCGGCCGCCGCCAACCCGGCGCAUGCCAGCCUGGCCGCCGCCUCGCCGGGGCUGUACGAGGGCCCCGCCUCGGCGGGCGUGGCCGGCUCCGGCCCGGGGUCCCUCCCCUUGCCUCAGGCCGUGCCCCCUGCCCGCUCCCCGCUGGGCGCACUGUACCAGGCGGGGUCGCCGCCUGCGAUUCUGCGCAUGGCGGACCGGGUGCGGGGCGCGGCGCCCGCGCUGCUCUGCACCGUGGACGCGUACGCCACGGCGGAGCAGGCGGGGCGGGCGGGGUUUGGCGUGGAGGCCAUGGUCAUCGAGUCCUUCCUCAUCGGGCAGGCGGAGGCGCGCAAGCUGGCGGGCCUGCUGGCGCGGCCGGGGGCGCUCGUGGUCAGGCUGCUAGUCAAGGAGUUUGGCCCGCAGGGGGAGAACGACCUGCGGCGCAUGGGCGACGGCCAGGCCACGGGGCAGGUGGACCUCGGGCCCCGAUUCGCGGGCUACCUCACGGUCCAGACGCGGGAGAACCAGGCCCGGGAGCAGCGGCUGGUGCUGCGCUUGUUGGCUGUGCCCCGCGCCUGA